AUGUCGUACAAAGAGUGCAUGAAGUCUGAACUAGAUCUUUUCUCAAGUUCGCCAAUUCAAAGUAAUAUUUUAAAAACAGAGGAAGUAGCAUACAAGCCCAUAGCUUCAUUAGAUAACUCUACCGUUUUAGAAUUUGUGUCGGUAGGUCAUGGCGAUACAUACCGCGAUCUGUCUAGCAUAUAUCUUCGACUAAAAGUACAACUUAAUAAAGCAAAAGAUGGGAAAGAGGAAUUGUAUGAUAAAGCUGCUAUACCAAUUGGCGUUGUCAAUAAUGUUCUGCAUUCGCUGUUCAGACAAUGUACAAUACAGUUAAAUGGUAGGCCAAUAGCGGAAAUUGACUACAAUUACCAAUACAGAGCGUAUAUUGAAAAUUUGCUAAAUUAUGGCAAGAAUACCGCCGAAACCCAUUUGGAGUCUGUCGGAUGGUAUCUCGAUGAGAAUGAAAUGGACAUAGUUGAAAGUGGCAAACCAUCUGAUUCAAACCAAGGAUAUAAAAAACCCGAAUUUUACUUGCAUUGUAAAGACGACGUUCAGCCAUCACUAAUCAAAAUUAUAGAGGCGACAAUGUACGAGUACAUGAACCAUGUAACUGUCAAUCCGAACAUCUUACUUGCGCAUGAAAGUGUUCUCCAAAGAUCUAAUGCAAUAUAUCCAUAUAAACGUGUAGAAGUGAAGACAUAUAUUCUACCUGCAGACACAUUUUCACUUUCACUCGAUAAUGUGGUCAUUGGACAAUUACCUAACUUGCUAGUGUUUGGUAUGUACGCGAGGAUAUCUAAGCUUGUUCAAGAGUACUGGAAUACAUUAUUCCGACAAGGAUCAUCAAAUAUCAAAAAACUCUUCGAUAAUGGAGCGUUCUUGUUGGCGUUUGAUCUCACUCCGGACAAUUCCUACAAUUCAACAUGUGGAAGUCUACUCAACCAGGGCACAAUUAGGAUCGAGGGGCGAUUCAAAGACGCUCUAAAGAAAAGCGUCACAUGCGUUGUUUACGCAGAGUAUGUUAGCAGUAUCGAGAUAGGCAAGGCUCGGAAUGUUUUCACAAGCUAUUAA